CCCACCUUGAACUAACUACUGAGCUCUUUAACUUUUGGUGGACUUGAAAAGCUCAUAGUUUUGGUAAACCUACAUAAACAUUUCUCAAAAUGGGUAAUAGCUUGGGAAGCAAGAAAACUACGAAAAUCAUGAACAUCAAUGGUGAGAGUUUCAAGCUGAAGACGCCUGUGAAAGCUGGUACGGUAAUUAAAGAUUUCCCGGGACACGUUCUUUUGGAAUCUGAAGCGGUGAGGCAAUUUGGGGUCAGAGCAAAGCCCUUAGAGCCACACCAAAACUUGGAAUCCAAAAGGCUUUACUUCAUGGUGGAACUUCCAAGUAAUCAUGGUAACCCACAUGGCAGAACAUGGAAAGAGAGAACCCCAAGAAGGGUUCGGUCAGGAAUUCAGAUAAGUGCGAAGGAGAGGCUAGAGAAUCUGAAGUUGUCUCGUAGAUCAUCGUCUGAUCUCUCGGUAAUGAAGACGGAGGAGGUUGAUGAUAAAGAGAGAGAAGUGAGCAGCGUGACGUUAAAGUUACCAAAGUGGAAAGUUGAGAAACUGAGGAAAGAGAGUGAGAGUGGCUCUGAUUUCUCCAACAAGAUGGCAGCACUUUGUCUCCUUAACAUACCAACUGGUUUGGUUCAUCAGAGACAACAUUUGCUUCGUAAUGGAGGAAGAAGCUUUGGGAUUGAAGAAGGAGAUGAUGAAGGUGUCAAGUCCCAUGAGAAAAGGGUUAGAUUUCUUGAAAAGAGCAAAGCAGAAGACCUGUGAGUCUGUGACUGUGAUUUCUAUUUGUUUUCCUCUAUUUUUAUUAUUAUCUUUAGUUUAGUUUAAAGAAAGAUGAUUGAAGCAAGUCUGACCAGGGGUAUUACUGUACAUACAAAACACAAUGUUCUUAAGGGAGAUACUUAACUUAUAAUGUAGCAUCAACAUUUGUAAACACAUCUUUGCUUCUGUUACCCUUACAUGACUUGAUCA